AUGCAUUCAAUUUUGCCAUUAUCAGCCGCAUUUUGGGCAGCAUUUCUGUCUCUGGCUACCGCUCAAUCAUACACGAGCUGUGACCCAAUGGAUAAAACCACCUGCUCUGAUGACCAGGGAACCACAAGUUCAGAGCUAACCUACGACUUCACGCAAAGCUCAGAUCUCGCAAAAUGGACAACGACUGCGGGAACGGUAACGGCGAGUGAUAAUGGCGCAACGUUUACUAUCAGCGAAAAGGGGGAUGCCCCCACUAUCGAGACCGACUUCUAUAUAUUUUUCGGAGAGGUCACAAUUGUCAUGCAAGGAGCUCCGGGGACUGGCAUUGUCAGCUCUGCCAUUUUAGAGUCGGAUGAUCUCGACGAGAUUGACUGGGAAAUUCUGGGAACCUAUACUGCUAAGCUUCAAACGGAUUAUUAUGGAAAGGGAGACAGUGGUUCCUAUGACCGCUGGACUUGGGUGGAGGCUACUACCCCCCAGUCAACUUUCCAUACUUACAAAUGGGUUUGGACCGAGACCGAGCUGACCUGGUCGAUUGAUGGAACUGUCGUUCGGACCUUGACAUAUGACGAGGCUGUACAUGACGAUGCCUCACGAUACCCGCAAACCCCCAUGAGCGUCCGCAUUGGAAUCUGGGCAGGCGGUGAUUCCGAUAAUGACGAAGGUACUAUUGAGUGGGCUGGUGGCGAGACUGAUUACUCCGACGGCCCAUUCACCAUGUACGUCAAGUCAGUCUCAAUCGUCAACUACAAUCCGGCGACAUCGUAUCGAUACACGGACGAGACAGGUUCAAUGGAUAGUAUCGAGAUUAUCGGAGGUACCUCGGACACAGAUACUACUGCCACUUCCACUGGAUACUUUUUGAGCGCCUCUACCGGGACUUCAACGGCUCCAGCUUCGGUGGCUGCUGAGUCUGGUCUGUGGCGUUCUCACCCCUCGAGCUCUUCGCCAAGGGCUACCAUCGGUCCAACGUUUUCUGUUGGAGGCCUCGGUGCUUUGUCUAUUCUCAUCAUCACUUUCAUGGUGAUGAUCUGUCUUUGA